AUGCCGACUAUUUCGAUGACAGCUCAGCUGUACCGUUCCCUGCUCACUAGUAUUCCUUUACGUCGAUGGCGUCGCGCGAUUCCUCGCGCCAUGGAGCUUUCUUUGGUCUACCAGCUUCAACGCCGCCAGAAACGGCACCGUGCCCUCAUCCACUGGCCGCAAGCUCAAGCCAAGGGCAACGAAAAGAGUGCUCAAGACAACAAUGUACCACUUUAG